AUGGCGUUUCUCUUAUUGAAAGGCAUUCCGAGUCUUGCCGGUCAAAAUCAAGCGCCUCAAGCUGAUCCAGAUGAUUUUGUCGAUCGAUUAAACUAUCGUUACACAGUUAUUCUACUCAAUGUUUUCUCCGCUAUCGUCACCAAUCGACAAUUCAGUUCCAAACAGAUCCAAUGCAUUCCGAGUCUUGCCGGUCAAAAUCAAGCGCCUCAAGCUGAUCCAGAUGAUUUUGUCGAUCGAUUAAACUAUCGUUACACAGUUAUUCUACUCAAUGUUUUCUCCGCUAUCGUCACCAAUCGACAAUUCAGUUCCAAACAGAUCCAAUGCUGGGUACCAGCUAUGUUUACAUCUGGUUAUGAAGAUUAUACCAAUCAUAUUUGUUAUAUCACGAAUACCUACUAUGUUAAUCAAACACAAAAGAUCCCAGGUGGACGAGCUGAACGACAAAGUUUACAAUUGCUUUAUUAUCAAUGGAUCCCGUUUAUACUUUGCUUUCUAAGUAUACUUUUCUACAUUCCAAAUCUCAUCUGGCAAUCUCUAAUGACUCGAAGUGGUUUGGAUUUGAAAGAUAUCAUCGAAGCUGGCAAAAGUUAUAAGUCUAUUGAUCGAAUGGAUAAACGACGGAAGAUCAUGAACUAUAUUAUCGCUUCCAUUGAUGAAUUCAUCGAUGAUCCUCGCCGUGGAAGAGAAAAUCGAAACAUUAGUAUACUCAAACGUAUUCAAGCAGUAUUUUGUUGUAUGUAUGGUAAAUUUCAAGGCAAUUACUUUAUGAUGGUUUAUCUCCUCACAAAGAUUCUCUAUGUUAUCAAUUCAGUUGGACAAUUAGCGUUAUUUAAUGAAAUGCUUGGGAUCAAAUAUUAUCGUUAUGGUUUGGAAUUGUUACAGAAGUUAAUUUUACUUAUCCAAAAUCAAUCGUUUCAGCAAUCGUAUAAACAGCAAGGAGGUCUUUCGAAAUAUUUUCCAAAAGUAACUCUAUGCGAUUUUGAAGUACGUGAACCUAAUCAUUUAUAUAAUUCACAUCGAUAUACUGUCGAAUGUGUCCUGCCAAAUAACCUUCUUUUUGAACAAUUAUUUACAUUUUUAUUUUUCUGGUAUACAAUGAUAGUUAUUUUGAAUAUUAUUUCAUUAUUAACCUGGUCAUAUUCAUUUAUCCGAUCUGUGCGGAUAAAGUAUGUCACAACUCGCUUAAAAUUAAUUCUGAUAAGACAUGUUCGCAAGUCUGUAACGAAUACAGAUGACUCUACUCCCGACCAACAAACGACGCAAUCUUUACCGGAAGAUUCGUUAUUAUAUCGUGAUGAUUCACAUUUAGAUUUCGCGCGUAAUUAUUUAAAAUGUGAUGGUAUAUUCGUUCUUCGUUUAUUGGAAACUAAUACAUCAGAUUUUGUUGUGACACAUGUCAUCGAAGAAUUGUUCUACUCAUACGAAAGAAAAGCGUCUCAACCUGUCGUUCUUGAUGGACUCGCCAAGAUGAUGUCAACACUUGGUCCUGAUCAGGGUUUAUUAAGUUUAGGCAAAUUACUUUUUCUACCCGUUAUGUCCGAUCCAAAAAUGGCUGGUGCAUUAGGUGGUGGAAUGGCUUCAAUGGUAACUACUUCCAAUAGUGGUAUGCUUCUUCCUAGUUUAGAAACAACAACCGAUGACCCUCUACGAAAUGCACCGAAAUUACUCGUACCACCCACACCUACUCGUCGACGUUCGUCAAAUGAAGGUUUAUCUCCGGCGGAAUCGGUUUUAGAACAAAUCGAAAGUAUUCGUCGGACUUCCCUUUCGAAAACUCGUCCGACAGUUGAUGAAGUCACUGAAAUCCUCCGUCAACGUCGACAACGAAUAAAACGAAAAAAACGUUAG